GUCGAUAUCGAAGGCAGCAGAGCACCACCACCUCUCAGUCAGAGCAAGAAGUCUGCAAAGGGCCUCCUCAGGAUCAUGGCGCCCACAGAUGCGGCCUCGUGAGCGCGCCCCAGCAUGCUGUUGUUGUGGCUGCUCUUAGCCUCGGCGUGGGGCUCCGUCUUCAAAAGAGAGACGGACUACGCGUUGGAUGAUUCGUAUUGGAAUGAGGAGACACCGUCCACGAGUGGCACCAACACCGACGAGGUGGAGCGGCUCCUCCGCGAGUACCGCCAAAACCAGGAAAUGGUGCGAAACAUCGGGGCCCACUACUAUCAAAUCAUCUACCCGGUGCAGCUGAGACACCACGAAAAGAUGGGCAUUUCCACCAGAGAGAUCGGAAUUGGAAAGUACCCACAAAGAGGCUAUGGCGACAGUGGAUCCAGCUACAGAGGGCGCUCAAGGAGUACGGGUAAACACUAUCACCGCACCUCAAUUCUCAUAAAGGCCUUCAAUCACAAGUUCCGGCUGGACCUCGAGCUUAACACCCAACUUUUAGCGCCUAAUCUCAUGCAGAAGCACUUUUUGCCUAGUGGUGCUGAAAUUUUCGCCAAACAGGAGAUCGAGCUGUGCUACUACCACGGUACCGUCAAAGACUACCCAGGGGCUUCGGCGGCCUUCCACACGUGCAACGGCGUAAGUGGCGUAAUCCACAUUGGCAACGAGACUUUCGUGAUCCACCCUUUCUAUGGCGGCGACCUGUCGCAGAAGCAUCCACACGUGAUAUUUGAGGCGCGCACAAAGCAGCACAAGGGCUGCGCCAACAGCGUCAACAUGGAGUGGCGCCUCAAGAAGAAGUUCACUAGGGAGGCGCCCACCCCCUCCGCCCAGCCAGGCAGAGUGCCCAGGGACGUCCGGGACACCACCAAGUACAUCGAGCUGGCGCUCAUCCUGGACAAAGCCAUGUUUGAGAAGAGGAACGGCAGCUCGCGGCAAGACGUGGUCACGGACGCGAUCCAGGUUGCCAACAUCGCUGACCUGUACUUUCGAACGUUGCGAACUCGGGUGUCGGUGGUUUACAUCGAGACGUGGCAGAACACAAACCAGGCGAUGGUGGACCGCAAUCAAGACAUCAGCCGCGCCCUGCUCAACUUCAACGACUACACGUCGCGCAAGCUGUACUCGGUGGAGAAGGACACGACCCAACUGCUCUCGGGUGAAACUUUCUCGGGCGGAGAAAGUGGCAUGGCCGUGCCGCAGACCGUGUGCACCGCCAAGUCGGUUGGCAUCAGCGUGGACAUCAAUGUGUAUGAACCGCACCUCCUGGGCAGCACCAUGGCCCACAUGAUCGGACACAACAUCGGCAUGGGACACGAUGACGGAAGAAAGGAAUGCGAGUGCACAACUUGGCACGGUUGCAUAAUGGCCCAGAGCAUCGUCGGCCACAACAACGUGCAGCCGUACAUGUUCUCCGAGUGCAGCAGAAGCGACUACAUCGACACACUCCGCAAUAGCCUCGCCUUGUGCUUGUUAAACAAGCCCAAUGAAGUCGCUGAUGUGCUGCAUAUUCGUCGCACUUGUGGCAACCUGAUUGUGGAGGAGGGUGAGGAUUGCGAUUGUGGCACUUUAGAGUCAUGUCGCGAAAAAGAUCCGUGCUGCGACCCCCUCACGUGCAAAAUUACCAAAGAGUCCGAGUGCGCCACCGGCCCCUGCUGCGACAACUGCAGGUUGAGAGCAAAGGGAACUCCGUGUCGCGACGCAUCCAACGAGUGCGACCUACCCGAGUAUUGCACCGGCGAGACCGGACAGUGUCCGACCGACCUCUAUCGUAAGAAUGGCAGUCCAUGCGCUUCCAACACUGGCUAUUGCUUCAAUGGCGUCUGCCCCACGCUCAAUUUACAGUGCGAACAAAUCUGGGGCUUUGGUGGCGUUGAAUCUGACGUAAAAUGCUAUGAGCAUUUCAAUUCUCAGGGCUCUGUCAAUGGCAACUGCGGAAAAUAUGGAGACUUUUUCAUUAAAUGCGAAAAAGAAAAUGUGCGGUGUGGUUCGCUUCAAUGCUCUGGUGGAAAUCGUUACCCCAUAAUAGCUGGAAUGGAUAGACAGUACUACAGAACAAUUGUCUCGGUCGAGGGCCAGGAGUUUGAAUGCAAGGUCACGUCGGGGUCAAUCAACUCGAAUGAAAUUCCCGACAUGGGACUAGUCCGAGACGGUUCGCCUUGUGGUGACAAUUUGAUUUGCGUGAAUCAGACUUGUGUUAGCAUUUUCCCGCACAUUGACCAAGGCAAGUGCCCGAGCAACCACAACAAUUUGCAGUGUUCAGGCAAUGGGGUUUGCACAAAUAUGAACAAGUGCUAUUGCAACAGUGGCUGGGCAGGUACAGAUUGCUCAGUCUCGGUUGACGUAACCCAACCGCCUUACAUGUCAGGCGCCACCACAUCCGCAUCAGUGCCCGUCUCUGGGGGCAGCGGAACUAUAACAAAAGAGGACUUCAAGGACAAAAUGACCAGAGAAGAAAAGUUUUACGGUGGCCAGUCAAACAAUCUAACCACAUUGACCAUGGUUUUCAUAUUAGUCGGCGUAGUGAAAGGUGUCUUCAUAUGCUUUGCACUAAUGGCUGUUUGCUACAGGUCAGUGGUUGUCCACAAAAACUUCUCCCUGUGUCUCAGACGGAGCACCCUGCACUCGUACGACCCGCCGUACGCCAAGAAACCCUUGCCCAAAAACUACGCGCCCAAGCACGGAGACGCCCCGCCUCCACCGCCCCCUGCUGGUAGCAACUACACUGCUGAGGAGCAGGCGGCGCUCGACAGUGCCAACAAAAUCCUCACCUUUGGCAACAUGCCCUCCUACAGUCGCCAAGAUCCACAGGGAAGAGUUUUGUUUAGACCUGUGAAUCACGCCACUGCGCCUGGCAUGGCAGCAGCCCGAUUACAGGAUCAUAAAAUGCAGCUCAAAAGAUUAGGUGCCAGUUCCGGCAGCGAGGACGACAUGAUUUCAGGAGAGGAAGAAGCCGUGUCGUUCAUCGACCUGCCGUCGUCGAAGCUGCCCGAGAAGGGCAUCCUGAAGAAGUCUGGUCCGUACGGCACCGUGCAAGACCUGAAGGACAAGUGGGCGGAGGAGAUGUCGGACAGCCAGGACAUGAUGUCGUCGUCGGACAACACGCUGAUGGGCGACAUGCCCGUGUCGGAGGUGGAGCGCACCCUGAAGAGCCUUAACGGCUACCACGAGGACAUCCUGGAGGCGCUGCGGACGGCCGCCUCGCACCGCACCGGUUCCACGGUGGGCCUGGAGGCGGCGGCCGCAGCGGCCGUGGCGGCCGCCAACCGGGCGGGCCCGUCUGGCCUCGGGAGCCAGGAGCUGCGGCUCAAGGAGGCGUGCUACCCGCACGACUACGCCAGCGACUACCCGAACCCCAGUUUGCUCAAGUCCAGCCAGGAAAAGCUGGUGGCCGUGGCGGCCGCGGCCAUCGCAAGCAGUGCCGGUGAUAGUGGCGACGAGGACGCUGUGCCGCCGUGCAACACAAUACGUAUCCGCAACCUCGAGGAUUUAAUCCGCCAACUCGAGCACCACUCGUCGCGCCACAUGAGCCCCAGUGGCUCCGAGGACAUUAGAAUGUCGGAGACAGAGGCUGAUCGGCAUUAUCGUCUCGAGAACGAGGGCGUGCACAUGACACCUGGACGGAGAAGAGGCCAAGACCCGCGCUUCGUUUUCGGACGCUACCGCCUGCCGCAGGGGUCUCGAAGGACUCCACAGUCGCAGAGUGGCUCUAGAACCGGCUCAUACAGGGAAGAAGAAAUUUACGAGAGCGCCGACCCGGACCGGGGGGAGAUAGAGGAGGCGCCGCACAGUGGCAGCAGUGGAGACGACGAGUUCGCCGCCGCCCAACAGUUAGUGCGGUCGGCCAGCGAAGAGGCCCUGCCCGUGACGGGCGCCAAGCGCAAGUCCCGCCACCUGCUUGACCACGACAAGUCUGAGUGUCCGACGUGCCGCAACUCGGACGAAGAGGACGAAGACGCGAGCACCGCCAAGAUCUUCCCCAACUCGUCCGUCGACCAGUUGGACGCGGUGUCGACCGCCUCCGCCACCCUCGCCGCCUCCUACUCGCGCCUCUCGGCCAGCGACGAGUCCCGCGAGUCCUCUAGGGACGCCGUCUCCGCGUCCGACGACCCCGCCGCCGCCCUGCUGCUCCAGCCCACGCGCUAUCCCGAAUACAAGCACUGAGCAAGGAAAGCUGCUCCUGCUUCCUUUCGGCUCACCUCCCACCCUCCCCUCUCACUCUGAAUCUCGUAAAGUCUAAUUGAGGUAAAAAUCUCUUCCCUGAUUUUAUCGCAGGGUAAAGAUUUUCUUUGAUUUCAAUUUUUUACCAUGAUAUUUACUAGUGUGUUGGCUAAUUGAACUUUUUGAAAAGCAAAAUUUUUAAUGACUGCGUAGAAAUUUUGAACUAGGUGGGUUUAAACUAAUUUAUUUCCCGUCUUUCAUUGAAAUUACUAUGGUCUAAUCAUUUGAUUUUUAUCUCAGGAAAGUGGGAGGCUUAUCUAAUUUGACUGAUUAUCCUGCAUUGGAAAUUACUAAUUUAAUACUUAAUUUUGAUCUUUUGAAAACAUUGUGCAAGAAAUUGAGAAUUUUGGUUUGCAGAAAGGUGCCUUUAAAAUAAUAACCAGUUACAACUUGAUCUUAAUUUAGCAACUUUUUUUAUCUCUCCUAUAAAUUUUUACUGGAGGCAGGAGCACCUCUUCCUGAGCCGAAGUAAAAUAAUUAAAAAAAAUCACGCAAGCAAGCUUCUUUUAUAUAAAAAACCGGACUUUUGAUAACAAACAACACAUUUAGAAAAAAAUCUAUAACCCAUACAAGGAAACGAAUCACAAAAACCACGUGAGUGCGCGAGCUUUAAAAGUAUAAAUUUUAGACACGCGAACAAUCCGUUUGUAGUGAACUUGAGAGAGCGGAGCACCUCUGUUUUUUCCAAGACACAACACGCAAGGACAUUACUAAAUAUAAGAAUAAUCUCACACGUCGAGUACCUAACCUACCGGCGUAUGAAGCGGACUCGUUGUAAAAUAUUUUUAGUGGGUUGAUUCACCAAAGACUGAGCGCUGCAUGCUUCUCAACUACGUUGUUGAAAUAUCUCCUCUCAUUCAACAUUUCUAAAAAAGAAAAUCGAGCAAAAGUAUCUAAGAAAAUCGUGCGGAUAUGCGAGCUGAGAAUCUCUCGAAUCGUUGGGUUUGGAAAGAGCUGCUGACAAAAAGUAAAAACAGUGUACGUGCGAAGAAGAGCAAGAUUGAAAGAAGCGUUUUUGCGAUGGAAAAGUGCGAGAACCGUUUUGUUUUUAGCCUGGAAAUAUGUCUGUCUCACUGAAUAAGAGCACUGCUGCUGCUACUGUUUCCAAUAAAAUGAAGAAAAUAUACUGUGUUCACUGCCCGAGGGUCGCGCGAAAGAAAUGUAAUAAUAAUUAUUAUUAAUACAUACUUUGGAAAAGAAGAACAAAAAAGCGCUGCGAUGAGAUUCGACGACGAAUGCGCGGGUCUAUACAAAUAAAAAGAGUGAAGCAAGGUGUAUUGAAAAAUUACACACUCGACUCACACAAAAAAACAAGCAAAGAGCGUCAUAUUCUAAUUUAAAGGAGGUUGCAGGUCGAAGGAUAACUUCAGCCCCUCCGAAUUUAAACAUGUAAUAAAAAAAAACACGCUCUUUUUUAUCCUGCAGCCGGCCGACGACUUUUAUACUCGCUCCGGGCCGAGUGAGAAGUUAAAAAGUACCACGCCAGACGCGCGUUUCGUGUUAUUCUUUGGCCUGCCACUUCCUGUGCACCAAGAUUAAAUGCAGAGCAGCCUCGCAACACCAAAAUGAAUAAAGAGCUCAAUAAUACUAACUUAUUGUCAACUGGUUUUAGCCGAAAAUGCCGAGUGCGUGCGCGUGUAGUUUUGAUUACUUGAUUCUUCUGAUCGAGCUGCCGGUUAGUGCCACAACAAUGGAGUUUUAAUUCGAUAUUCGCUUAGUUUGCAAUUACUUUUCAGAAAAUUUGACGGGUCAAUAUUUUAAAAUGAUCGCGAAUUUUUAAAUUUAAUUACGAUCAAUCUGCGUGAAAGUGGUGCUCACCGGGGGCACCCUCAAUUAGACUCAUUAGACGAUUCAUGUUGGCAUUUUUAAAACUAGCUGUUAUUUGUACCACUGGUGGUAUGAGAGAAAGAGUGUGCGUGCGUUGAUCGUUUCAGAGAGACUGUCGACUUGUUAUUAAAGAAAAAAAAUACGAUGGAAAUAUACACAGCGCGAGACGAGAGAAAAAAAUCAUGAAAUAUAUUAUAUAUAUUUACACAAGGAGGAUCUCUGCAUGUAAUAUUGGUGCAGACACAAAUCAAGCAAAAAUAAAUAGGUGAAGAAUAUUGAAAUUAUGAUUAAUGAGAAAAACUGCUGUCAUAAACACAAUUGUUUAUUUUUACUCUUGAUAACAAGCGCUGUAAAUAGAUAAGUUUAAACAAGUGCAAAAAUUAUUAUGAAAAAAGAAGAUGAUGUUUUUGAGCGGAUGGAGCGGAAAAAUGAGCCAAAAAUAAAUAUAAAAAAGGAAUUUGUUAACUGUCAUUUAUAAUUAUCAACGGAGAAAGAGAGACAAACAUGAGAAGAAAGCAUGGGCUGUAUGGAAAUAAUUAUGUUCUUCAACUACUGUGUCUGAAAAUUUGUCUUAUUAUUCGAUAUUGUGUUUGAACGAUGACACUUUUCUCGUAUAUUACAUAAUAUAUAUUUACUAAAAGUGAAAUCACAUUAUCACACACACAAUUUUGUGUUGUUUUUCGUACCAUCUUCGAAAAAAGUAAACGGAAAAAUCAUCGAGUAUGUGACUGGGUUUUCUCUCAAGAGGCUCGCCUGUUGUUAUCACUGUACACUUCCAGAAAAUACAACUUGUUCUUGUUGUUUUGAUAGCGUUUAAACAAAAGAAAGAAAAAUACGUAUUCCUCUUAUCUUCUCCGACUUAUUCUAUGUGACGAACGAAUGCAAGAGCGGUGAAAAAAUUACUGAUAAUUUCAUUAAUCUGGUUUUUGUUAUUUGUUCAAUUAUCCGUUGAACCGAGACGACAAUUCCCACACAAGACCUGAGUUGAACACAAGCGAUUGCAGUUUUUAGACUUAAUGAAAUGAAGAAAGAAAAAUAGUUAUUGCAUUUAAUGUUUUAGGUGUAAGUAUACAUUGCGACAAAAAGAGAAGAAUUUUUAUUGCAUACGAAAAAUAUCAAUUGUGUUUUUAUUUUGCAAAGACAUAAUUAUGUAUAUACACAACACGAAAACACACUCACUAACGGCAGUUGAACAAACCCAAAUGUUGAAACUAUUUCUAAUGUUCAGACAAUGAUGAAAAAAUAAUAAGAAAAGUGA